UCGGAUACGUGCUUGUAAUUCACUUUGUUAUUCUACCAAUGAAACAAAUGUAUAACCUUUGUUGUAACUAAAAAUCAUGAAUACUAUGUUAUAUGGUAAGCCUACGGUCGUCGUUCGUUAACGGUAUGAUACUUAUCCUAAUGUGUAAAAACUUGUGAAGUACAUCCGUUUUCGUCUACAAUUGUGGGAAUCCUUUUGUUGUGCAGGUGACAUAUAUUUUUGUUAGAUUUCACAGACUACAAUUUUGGUAUAGUUGGUUGCAUAUUGUUUAACGUCCCUCUCGAGAUUUUUUACUCAUAUGGAUCCGUCACCAUCAUCGGUGAAGGAUGCAGACUUUAGGCCUAUGCUCAUGGCAAACAGGAGGAAUCUUUUAAGCCAAACCUGCUUUGACACUGAGUCUCAUUAUAACGGUUUCACCUGAAGGACCACCCUAUUUAGUUUCAUCUUACCACAUGCAAGGGGUAAUGAGGACCUAUCUAACCCGGAUCUCCCGGGCUCUGUUUUGUGAUACAUGUCCAUGCAUCAACUGUGAAAGUGGAAAAAGUAUACCUCAAUUGGACAGACUCGAACGAGGCAUGUGUCUUACUGGAUUUCCUUAGUGUGAAACCCAAUUUUAAGACGCUUGUGGCGGACAUGAAACAAAAUGAAAAGUACUGGAUUAAAGAUAAUGUGGUGGAAAGAAGCGUCGUGACCAAAGGUUGCCAGACGAAAGUAAACGUUUUGAAUUCGACUACAAUAGAAGACAAUAUUCUUUCAAAAUGCUUUCAAUUCUGCUCCGAAUCUAGCGACACAGUUGGGAUACAGGAAAACAACUGUUCCUGUCUUUCAAAUCUGAAUAACAGCUUCGAUAAUGUCUGUGAUGAUCAAUGUGUAUGGACGAACGAACAAUGUAAAGAAAUAGCUGCAUUUUCUGUUUAUGAAAGAAAAGAUUAUAAAAGCAUCCUGAGUGGUUAUCGUUUCGACCGUUGUAUUACCCUAUUUUACACCCAACAACUGUUUUGGACUAAAACUGAUUGCUCAAAGAAAUGUCACUAUAUAUGUCAAAAAAAUGGAGAUUUACUUGUAAACUCCCAAGAAGAGGUUACUUGGCUGGAGGCUGUUUCCAUAUGUGCUAGGAAUCAAUCAGUGUUGGCGAACAUUCUACCAGAAACUAACGUUAAAUUGCCCCGAAAUGCUAGAUAUCGUCUAUCGUAUUGGGUUGGAAUACGGCAACACUAUGAAACAGUUUCAGAUGAUAAAUCUGUAUGCCAUUACAUUGAGCGUUAUAACUCAAACGAUAUUAUAUAUGGAGCAGAGACGUGUACGAAGGAGUUACACUACAUUUGUUUGAAUGAAAACACUACCUCCACGAGUAUGGUUAAACCAAGUGCUUCUACACAGCAACACCCAGUGUCGGGCACAAACAGUCAAGAAACACCCAUUCAAACACAAAGGAUGAGAGAAACUCUAAAUUCAGAAACAGUUUAUACUGCCAAUGAACCUUCAAAACGAAGAUCCAACGAGAGACAGGUCCACAGAGUUUAUGAGGACACAUCGAACCGCCUUUCACUUUACAACUUAGUACGAGCGCGUGGCUUUAGAGGAGAUAAAGUAUUCGCAGACCGCAUCAGUAUAAGUUGGAAAUCAUCAAUACAAGUUUAUCGAAGUUUUAACUCCACGUCUAUUUUGGGUGCAGUGGUUGGUGUCCUGGUAAUCAUAGCAAUACUGCUUCUAGCUAUUGUAUGUCUGUUUAAACGAUUUCGCAGAAGAAAUUCAGGAUCGAAAUAUCAGUCACCAUCUGUAGUAUUCUCGAAUGCUCCAAGGCGUGACAGUAAACAAUCACAGGAAAAAUCAGUGAAGUCGACCCCUGUAAAACCCACCCGAAGGUCAAAGAAAUCCAACUCAAACUCGAUAGUGCAGGGAAUAGCUUACGAAAACAUUGUACUGUCAUUUGAGGAUCCGUCGACAAUUUCUCGUGUAAUAAGUUCCUCAUCCACAGUCAAACAAGAAACGAAAGACGAAGAUACUUAUGACGUCAUGGGUGCAUCUAACACAAACGAAAACACGACCAACGUCAGUCAGAAUGUCUACGGAUUUACUUCAUCAUCCGACGAUUAUGACGUCAUGGAUAGGGGGAUUACACGCACCGAAGAACAAAAUCCUUACUACGAUCACAUGUAACACAUUACAGAAAAGGUUGUGUUGAAUAUCGCCUAAAACGUGCAGGCACGCAUUAUAUGCAUUAUCUUAACUUAUGGUUUUUCAUCGCCUAGUUUAUAGAAAAUUUCAAAGACCAAUGUGUAGUUGUUUUUAAGAGUGGAGGCCAAUGUACCUAUCCAUAUAUCAUUUUGAUGAUAGCCACUUGUUUUUUUAACGCUAGUCAUCAGUAGUAAGUUUAAGACUUAUCAACCAUAAAAUUACAUUAUUCCUACAUUUUACAUUUCAAAUGACGUAUCCCAUAAGCAGCAAGAGUAUUUCUACUAUCAGAGUAUAUAGGGUGUGUUAUGUCUUGAAUUAAGCAAUUUUACUCUCAACAGUAUAGAUAUACACAUCAUAAGUUGAAGACGUUAUUUUCAUUAUAUGAUCAAAUUGAAAUCAACUCCUUUUUUCGUUAGAAAUAAGUAAAUUUUUUACUUAUUUUAGUAGAUCAAAAUAUUUCUAAGUCAUUUUUAUCAUUGCUAUAAAAUUAAUUGUAUAUUGCUCACAAACAAUAUUCAUCUAAUUGUGUUUAUAUUUUUAAUUUGGCGAGGUACAAGGAAUUUCAUGCAUUUGGCGUGAGUCCUAGUAAACGCACGUAUAUUGUAUGGAAGCCAAUCAUGUUUUGUUGAAUCAUAUCUAAAUCAUUUGCCGGACUUCUAUCUUUAAAAAACUGUUUAAAAUAUUCAGUGUUCUUUUUGAAUAUUUAUGAAUCAUUAAAGCAAUUUCUCAUGAUGAUA